AUGGCGGAGCAGCGGGUGAAUCAAUACUUGACCACCAACAUGAAGAACAACAUUGUACAGCAUCUACUGAAGAACAACCAAGGUGGUGUUCUUCGAAAAGGAGCAGUGUGUGAGGCAGCCGAAGCUUUUGGUGUCAAUAGAAAGACCAUUUCCAGACUUUGGAAGGCAGCCACAGAGAUGAUGGAGAAUGGAGAACCUGCACACAUGGUUGGAAAAGUUAAAGGAUACAAACGUGGAGAAAAGAAAACAGUUGAUGAAGUAAAGGUUAGAUCACUCUCUGUCCUUGAAAGAUCCUCCUAUAGGGUGAUGGCACCAAAGCUUGGAGUUAGCAAAACUACAAUUUGUAGGUGGGUAAAGGAUAAACAGCUUAGGCCCCAUACUAGUGCAGUUAAGCCACAUUUAACUGAUCUAAAUAAGUUGGCAAGACUGAAAUGGUGCCUCAGUCAGCUUCAGUCAAACAUAAUUGCAGGUAAGGUUGCAUUUAAUGAAAUGCGCAAUGUAGUUCACAUUGAUGAAAAGUGGUUCUACUUAACAAAAAGUGUGGAUAGGUAUUACCUAUUGCCGGGUGAAGAAGAGCCACCGAGAUCAUGUAGAUCAAAAAGAUUCAUUACCAAAGUCAUGUUCUUGUGUGCUGUUAGCAGCCAACAUUUUGGCCCAAAUGGGGUAACACUUUUUGAUGGCAAGAUAGGCAUUUUUCCUUUCACAGAAAUGGUACCAGCACAGAGGAGUUCCAGGAACAGACCAAGAGGCACAUCGGAGACAAAGCCCAUUCCAGCAGUGACACAAGCAGUGAUAAGGGAGUGGCUCAUCAACAAGAUUAUACCAGCCAUUCAUUCCAAAUGGCCUACAAGUGCAUCCAAAGAAAUUUACAUUCAACAAGAUAAUGCCAAACCACACAUAAGCACAGCUGAUCCAGAGGCUAUUCAAUCAUUGAAGGAUAAGAAAGCAUGCAAUAAUGUGGAUGAAUUGUUGCAGAAUGUGAGUAUGGCUUAUGAAGAGUUAACACCACAGACACUGAACAAAGUGUUCCUUACACUACAAAGUGUGCUGUCAGAGAUCUUGGAGGUGCAAGGUGGGAACAAUUACAAAAUCCCCCACAUGACCAAGGAUAGGCUGGAGAGAAUAGGGGCUUUACCCAAUGUGUUGGAGGUGGAAGAAAGAUGUGUUGGAGUACCUAGCACUGCCUCAGAAUAA